GGCGGUGGUGGCAGACCGCGACUACGGUGAGCAGGGCAACCAGGGAGACUGGGGCGGCCAAAGAGGCGGUGGUGGCAGACGCGACUACGGUGAGCAGGGCAACCAGGGAGACUGGGGCGGUCAAAGAGGCGGUGGUGGCAGACGCGACUACGGUGAGCAGGGGAACCAGGGAGACUACGGCGGCCGUGGGGACGAUGCCGGUGGUUUUAGUCGUGGGGGGUAUUCACGAGGUGGGAAUUUAUUCCCUGAGGGCCGUGCUCAAGAUGGGCGUGGUGCUGAAGAGAUGCCAAUGGAGGGCCCGUUUGAUGUGCAGGCUGCCAAGAAACUCUUUGAGUUAAAGCGCCAGUACAAAAAUGCCAAGUCUGGAAAGGACAGACGCGACAUUCAACGGGAAGCCCGUCGUGCAAUUCGUCGUGCACGUGUGGAUCCCUCGACACAGGAUGAAAAGGCGGUGACAUUGCUUCUCAAUUGCGCGGCAUCUUUCCGUAGUUAUCCUCAUUCAGAGGGUAUCAAGCAAGCCGUCCAAUGGAUGCGCCAGAAUAUUGAUGCUCUGUCUCCACAGAAUUUGGCUCUUUUUGCUAAUGCACUUGGUGCACUCUCGGUGGUAGAUCAUGAUAUCAUCUUGUUGCAGGAGGUGUCUCCAGCUGUGCAGUCUGUCUUUACACAGAUGAGUCCUGUGGAGUUGGUGAUGAUCCUGCAGGCGUUUCAGCGGGGUAGGGUGUUUUCCAACGCUUCGUUGCAGGAGUCCAUGCUACAGCAAUUGUCGCCCUGUGUUCCACAGAUGCCUGUGCCACAACUCUCUACAUUGGCUGGGGUUUUGGUGAGCGCUCCUCUCCGCAAGAGCGAUGAGGCAGCGUGGCGGGAGCUAACCAACGCUGUUUUAUCCAAGGCUGUCUCUGGUGUCGAUAAGAUGCAUUCUCGCGAAGCCAUCACAUUACUAAAGGCCGCACCACGUUUGUGUGUCCCUGAGGAACAAAGUCUCCAACUCGUGCAACGCGCUAUAGACACGGUGGGCUUUCAUACAGACGAACAAAUUGGAGAACUGCUUGAGGCUGUGGCGGGCUUCCGCACUUUGGAGACGCCGCCUGGGGAAAACCUCAGUCGCAAGCUUGAUGAAUUGGUUAAUGUGCUCUGGACGCGCCUAGAAAAGGUGGCUCCAUACGUCGACGCUGCAAGCGCGACAUGGAUCAUGCGCCAGGCUAGUCGCUUCGGGGCAGCCGUGCCUCUUCCUAUUAUGGAGGCCAUGCUGGGAGCGGUGGCGAAAGACAUACGCUACCAUCGCCACACGUUCCGCCGCUGCGCGGCCCUAGCCGAAGCUUUGGCGGAGCAGAAGGCCCCAGCUAAGGCGCUGCUGCUGCAGCUUGGUGAUUACUGCAUUGGCAAGCGUCCUCCACGCGAGGAUCGUGAGGAGGCUGAUCCGCUCGACGAGGAGGCGGCGGCGACGACAACGACGAGGGAGGUUCGGAUGGACAUCUACGCCCGCUUUCUUGGAGAAUUGACGAGGGCGCGCAUUUCACUAGAAAAGGCGCACAGCGCAAACCUCGAAAAUGGGGAGCCUGGGGAGAGCGUGAGGGCGGUUCUCUCCCAGCGGCUGGAGGAGAGCGUCUCCGCGGCAUCACCACGUGAGGUUUUGAAGUGCGUCCGGGCCAUUUGCACCUCAGAGGACUCCCAGUUGCGCAAUCGCGCGAACGAUGCGAAGCUCAUGGCGUUGGUGGAGCGCCGCCUCUCCAGUGAACGUGAGAACUUCGCGAAGGACGUCCCGAAGGAGAUUCUGGAGGGGUUCCUUAGCGCCCUGAGGGACAAGCCUCGCGCGCAAAAAGUCGUCCUCGCCUGCUCCGUAUGA